AUGCCACCAACUCUCUUCUACGGCACCGCUAUCUUCGGCACUCCAACCAUCCCCUCUCUCACCGAACCAGAAGGUGUCUCUAAACUCCUCGACUCAGUUCACUCCCUAGACAUCACUGAGCUUGACACUGCUGCCCGCUACCCACCAGACAACACUGGUGGAUCCGAAAGACUUCUCGGAGCAACCAGGGCCGGCAGCAACUUCACUAUCAACACAAAGGUACUAAUUUCUGGGACUAGUGGAGAUGGCUCGUUGAGUAAAGAUGCAGUACGCGCAAGUGUCGCAAAUAGUUUGAGAACACUGGGCGUGUCCAAUGUUGGGAUCCUCUAUGCCCAUGCCCCCGAUAAUGCGACUCCGUUAGAAGAACAGGCGAAGGAUUUUAAUGAACAGUAUGAAAAGGGAUAUUGUGAGAGAAUCGGUGUAUCCAACUUUCCUCUAGAUAUGUUGGAGAAAUUUCUCAAGAUUUGCGACGAAUGCAACUAUAUCAAACCGUCUGUCUAUCAGGGGGAGUACAAUCUCAUCCGCCGUGACCCCGAGGAGGCCAUUUUUCCACUAUUACGCAGACACAAAAUUCACUUCGUCGCUUACUCCCCGCUGGGAGGUGGCUUUUUGACCGGUAAACUCACAGCUGGAAACACGGAAGGAACGCGAUUCGACGGUCCACUAGGGCAAAGAUUCAAGGCCCUAUACGACAAACCAGAGCUUCAUGCCUCGAUCAAUGAGUUGAAGCGCAUCACUGAGCCGUUGGGAAUCAGUCCGACGGCGGCUGCGUUGAGGUGGCUUGCGCAUCAUUCGGAAUUGCGACAGGAGGAUGGAAUUAUUCUCGGGGCUAGUAAGAUUGAGCAACUGAGGCAGAAUGUGAAGGAUAUUAAGCAAGGGCCGCUGCCGGAGAGUGUCGUUGAGGCGAUUAGGGCUAUUAAGGUUGCUACAACCGCAUAA